UUUCUCACUACUGGCGGCGGCCGGCGUGCUGCUACUGGGUGGAGGCGUCGGGUUUCUUCCGGCGGCCGGCGUGCCGGCGGCGAGCCAUGGAGCGGCGAUCGAGCGUCCGCUUCGCUCCCUCCGAGAUUGCAAGGAUGGAAAAGUUGGUUAAAAACAAAAAUAAACGAGUCUUGGAUGACGUUUUCUGUCAGAAGCUUGUGGAAGAAUUUAAUUGUUCUCCAGGCCGCGUUGGAAGUAAAGCGCUACAGGCUGCGCAGGUUCAAGAAUGGUUUCGUCGUAAGUUCCCAGCAUCAACUGUUAAACCUCCUUGUUUGCCUACUGGUUCUGAAGAAAAGGCUUUAGCCUCCCAAUCAAGUGCUUUGGUUUCUGAAGAAAAGCCUCCAUCUUCUGAGGAAAAUGCUUUAGCGGUUGAUACUAGUAUUUCAAACGAUGGCGAGGUUUCACCGGAUUUGCCUAUAGAAAACAUAGAUAAGCUUCCUGAAACUGAAGACAUGGAGUUUGAGGCUAGGUCUGCAAAGGAUUUUGCUUGUGGGGUCUCCCUUUCUACUUGGAGUGGAGGCAUUCCGGCGGCCGGCAGCCAGCGGCGAUGGAGCGUCCGCUUCGCUCCCUCUGAGAUUGCAAGGAUGGAAAAGUUGGUUAAAAAGAAAAAUGAACGAGUCUUGGAUGAUGUUUUCUGCCAGAAGCUUGUGGAAGAAUUUAAUUGUUCUCCAGGCCGCGUUGGAAGUAAAGCGCUACAGGCUGCGCAGGUUCAAGAAUGGUUUCGUCGUAAGUUCCCAGCAUCAACUGUUAAACCUCCUUGUUUGCCUACUGGUUCUGAAGAAAAGGCUUUAGCCUCCCAAUCAAGUGCUUUGGUUUCUGAAGAAAAGCCUCCAUCUUCUGAGGAAAAUGCUUUAGCGGUUGAUACUAGUAUUUCAAACGAUGGCGAGGUUUCACCGGAUUUGCCUAUAGAAAACAUAGAUAAGCUUCCUGAAACUGAAGACAUGGAGUUUGAGGCUAGGUCUGCAAAGGAUUUUGCUUGGUAUGAUGUCGCCACUUUCUUAGCAUACAGAAAGUUGAGUUCUGGUGAAUUUGUAAGUGGAAUAAUUUGUAGGGAAGUCCGUGUGAGGUUUGAAGGAUUUGGGGCUGAAGAGGAUGAAUGGAUCAAUGUCCGGGAGGCUAUCCGCCUGCAAUCCAUCCCGCUAGAAUCAUCAGAAUGCCGACUCAUCAGGCAAGGAGAUCUUGUCCUCUGUUUCAAGGAGAGCAACGAUGAUGCAUUGCAUUUUGAUGCACAUGUUCAGGAAAUUCAGCGGAAACAGCAUGACAUAAGGGGGUGCAGAUGUGUCUUCCUUGUCAAAUAUGAUCAUGAUGGAACCCAGGAGAGGGUGAACCUGAGAAGAUUGUCCCGGCGACCAAAGUACGCCUGACGGCUCGUGUCACAACACGUCUCCCUUUUGCCGUACGCGAUGUUCAACUAACAGGAGCAACAAACCUAGUUAGGGCUAAACUUUGGCGUGCUUCUCCUUAUUGAUGAGUACAGUAACCCCUGUGAUGGUGCAUUUCAACCCUCUUUGGCAAAAUCCCGUUUUUUUAUGGCUGUUAGUGGGGGCUCAUUGAUAGCCAGAUUUUGUGCAGUAAUUUGGGAGGAAAAGAGGGAGUGUUACCAGCUCCAAGAACAGGAUUUGGACUCUUUCAUGGCGUUGUUUUGGGUGUAAAAUUCCAAAUCUCCAUGGAAAAUUGGUAAUGCUUAGCGUUCU